GGGGGUUACCUGCUGUAUCCUACACCCCCAGUGUAUCACAGAGUCCGUCCCACGUCUCAGCACUUCAAUGUUUAAUGAAUAUUCUGCAUAAAAGGCUUUCUUUGUGCUUGGUCUCUCCCUCCCUCCAGCUUGUGAGCCAUUCAGCUGCAAAGAGUAACUUAAAAGCUCCUGGAGGAGCGCGUGACCCAACCACCCGCAUAUCUUUUAUUGCAGAAUCUCUUUUUUUUUUUUUUAAGUGUUUAAAAGCUUUAAUAUUGAAGGCCUGUCAACUUUGUCCUGAUUAUUUGGCUUUCAGUUAAAAGGUUUUUGUUGUUGUAGCUUCUGCAGUUGCUCUGUUGCCAUGGGAACGUGACAUCAACAUGACGUUUCCCUGUUUAAAAGCUUUUAACUAAAUUCCAGCCUGUCAGACGUAGGCCCCAUUUUAUGCUCUCAGACUAUAAGCUGUUGCAAAAGGCUUUCAUAUGUUCCCUUGUCAUUCACAGGUUGUUUUCUUUUUAUUCCCCCCAGCCUCCCACAGACUCGCAUGCCUAGCUGGGCAAGAACAACUUAAAAAGCUCCAGCUAAACGGCCUCCUCUUUUAAAAAGCCUUUCAGCAGCAGGAGCAAUGGCUGCAGCUGAGAUUCCCAGUUAUCUUGUCUCGUCUCAGAGCGAGAAGCACAGGAGGGCCAGGAACUGGACUGAGGCAGAGAUGAGGGGCCUGAUGCUGGUCUGGGAGGAAUAUUUCGAGGAGCUGAAACAGACCAAAAGGAACGCCAAAGUUUACGAGCGAAUGGCGAACAAGCUCUUUGAGAUGACCGGGGAGCACCGACACGGGGAAGAAAUCAAAAUCAAAAUUACAAACAUGACUUUCCAGUACAGGAAAUUAAAAUGUAUGACUGACGGGGAGACUGCACCUCCAGACUGGCCUUAUUUUAAAACCAUUGAUCGUAUCUUAUCCAAGCUGCCUGAGCAUGGAGAUAUGAAGCUUCAGCCUGGGCCUUCUACCUCUCACACAGAGGCCUCACAGUCCCCAACUGCCAAGUCCACGCCACUCUACUUGUCCUACAAUCAGUUCACUUAUGAAGAAAGGGAAGGCUGUUUUGAGGAUGACAAUUCAGACAGCUCCGCCAGUCUCCAGUCUUACAAACUGAGAUUGGGGGAGCGAGCAGCUAAGAGAAGGAAGCUGCAGACCUUCAGUUUCCAGAGGAAGAAGUUAAAAGUGAUGGAGAGCAUGCUGGAAGAACAGAGGAGGUUGAGCAGAGCCAUGGAAGAGACAUGCAGGGAGGUGCGCCGGAUACUGGAUCAGCAAAACAUCAUCCAAGUGCAAAGCCUGCAGCUACAGGAAAGGAUGAUGAACCUGUUGGAGAAAAUGGUCUCUAAGUCGACACCUUGACUCACUAUAGGGAGCAUGGAGAGCCCUAAAGACAAACAUAAAAGUGAAUAUAGAAGCUCACCAUUGAUUAACUUGGAACCAAUUAUAACAUUUCAUAGAAACAUAUCAUGGAGUAAACUUGAGAUACAGACUUUUCUCCCUAUCAUGAUGGAUUCUCUACCCCCCAAAAAAACUUGAGUAUUUAUAGUCAUAUAAUUCAGUUUUCAGAACUGACAGAUAAUGCCUCUUACUGAGGAUGAACAAUGUUUCCAUAAAGAGCGGCACUUGCAAUUCUUGUUGCCUUUCUUAUGUUGGUUGAAAGAUGUCCCACAUUUUGACUUAUGACUGACCCAAAUUUUACUUGUAGCUUAGUCCUCUCUAUGAUCUCCAGUUGGCUGAGGUUGACUCUUGUGUGUUGCCUGCAAAAGUGAGUUGGGUAAGAAACUCUCAGAAGCAGUGAUAGGCGAAUCUGACGCAUUUCGCUUUGUCAAAAAUUUGCAAAAUGCCAAAAAUUUGCAGAAAUGCAUUGAAGUCUAUGGGUGACAAAAUGUUUUAGACGCACAACAAAUUUUUUCACCCAUUAUAGUCUAUGGGUGUCAUUUUCGCGGUGAAACUUGGUGAAACAUUUCACUCAUCACUACUUACAAGAAGUUUAUAAGAAUAAUUUCCACCCUUUCUUAUCGGACACCCUGAAAACACACUGAAUUGUGAGCAGCAGUGAAAAUUUUCAAAUUUCUGGUAACCUGUUAAAAGAAACAGUAAUUUUAUUUUUUAAUUACAGCACAUCUUACGGUGUCAUGUAAAGACACUAUGGGGCUAUCAACAUUUGAAUUCGAUUUUUUUCCCCCGCAAUUCGAAUAUUGUGUGCUUAGAACUCAUGAAUUUGAAUAAUUGUUUUGCUUGAAUGUUCGAUAUUUAUUAAGCUAUAAACUUAUUUGUGAAAAGCUCAAAUGUAAAACAUUGGCAUCUAAAGGCGUGCGAGUUCAUGUAGAAGUCAAUGGGAGCUGCCCUAGCCAAAAUUUAGCAAUUUCGAGAUUUUCGAAUUGUUGUAAAUGUUAUUGAGAGCUAUGUAGACCCACUGAAAAGUAGAAUAUGAAUUCAACGUAUCAAGGUUUUUUUCACAGUUUUUUAGAUCGAGUCUUGUAGAUUCAAAUAUUUUGAGAAUUAAGCAAACAUUCGAAUCUGCUAAAAUUUCAAGUUUAAUCGAAUGGAAAGAAAACGCUAAGAUUCACACAUUUGAAUUUUAAUACACACGCCUCUAUAUGUUAAGUGGUAAUAACACCUAGGGGUCGAAUUUCGAAUUUGAAAAACUUCAAAAUUCGAAUUAAAAAAGUCCAACCAAAAAUUAUUUAAAAAAAAU